GGGAGAGAGGGGGAGGACAUCGUUUCCUUUCCGUAGCGCGCACACGCCGCAAGAAUACACCGAACUGAUUGGGAGAGGGAGGGAAAGAGGCGAGAGAAGAAAGGAAAUCGAGGAGCAAAACACGACUCGACUUCUUUGUUUUAGAAAAAUCGCCUGUAACGGACGAAUGGAGGUCUGAGACGAUGAACACGCUUUUCCGAAUGUCUCCUCCUGACAGCCAUCUUUAGAUCCAAAGGGGGUUUUUUCCGCUUGCGGGCUAAUUUUGUAGGAUUAGGAGAACGUUGAGGAAAUUUGCCCUUCCACUGAGGUAGGCUGUGGACCAUGUUUGAGGAAUAGCCCUUUAGCCUCCGUACGCCUCUCAAGCAAUUCUUGGAACAUAUGCGCAUAUUUGCCACUUUGAACGCUUAUUGUUCAAAUCGGUUCUUUGUUUACAACACAUUUUUCGUUUAUUCCUCGUCUUUUGCCCAUUUUAUUUGUCAUCAUUUCGGAGCACAUUCCAUUUUUACCUUUGGCAGACCGCAGUGAUUCGGGCGCAGGCUACGAUAUUUUGUAAUCUCUUAUUCGCGUUUAGGCCUGUAAUGAAUUUGCAUCAAAUGUUGCAUUAAAUCCGCAUCGAGCUAAUGCGAUCUUUGAUACAGUACGGCAGAUACGUGACUACAAGAUUAUCCAGCAGUCGGGGCUAUUUGAAGUAUCUUUAAAAACGAGUUUUAAUGCGUCGGUUUUCCACUCGUUUUAAGAUACAUUAACUCAGCAAAACGUUGAACCACGGCUGGGCGCUGUUAACAGACACCCUAAGAGAAUUGUUAGAUAAACUUAGGAAUUGUCGAUCCAAAGCAAAACGGCUAACAGGAAGGUUAAAAUAAUUCAGUACUAAAGCGAAUAAGUAAGCCCCUAGCAGGACGAACGUCGGUGAAUUUCAAUGUUAAUGUCGACCGACGUUGCAUCCAUCAUGCUGCCCGUUACUCGGGGGAUAAUGGACCGGGAUAGGGACUUGGAUACAAUGCCAGGAGUGCACUCGAACCCGGCCGCCGGACCCUCGGCAGUGCGGGGUAUGAAAAGGGGGGACCCGGAGCCCGAUGCGCAGAAUGCGGCUUCUCUCGCUGAAUCAGUGGGGGCUGAUUGCAAACGUCCACGCAUUGAUGGAAAUGGAGGGGAAAUUGGACAGAACAACGAUCCCUUGAACAUGGGUUUCCAUGGAUACCCCUCAGCGAGUCAGGGUUCUCAGGACACGAUGGGGACUCAGGAGGGUCUUGUCCCCCCUCCAUUCUCUGCCUUCCCUCCCCCUCCCCCUCCACCCCCCCAGAACGGCCUGCCGCUGGACUUUGGGGGCAGCAGCAUCUACCCCGCAGGGGGGCAGGGGCAAGUGGAGCCCGCUGCAGGGAUCGCCAACCCCCCCUCGGCCCCCGCCACUCUUAGCACACAACAGUUGUCGGAUGGCUCCCCCCAGGCAGAGGGCCAGUGUGUGUCUGGUGGAGGAUCAGGAGCAACUGGGACUGAAGACUCUUCAGACAGCAAAGUCACCCCGAAACGCCUCCACGUCUCCAAUAUCCCCUUCCGCUUCAGGGACCCCGACCUGCGGCAGAUGUUUGGGCAAUUUGGAAAGAUCCUGGAUGUGGAGAUCAUUUUCAAUGAGAGAGGCUCCAAGGGCUUCGGCUUUGUGACGUUCGAGAGCAGCGCUGAUGCGGAGAAGGCCCGGGAGAGGCUGCACGGCACGAUAGUGGAGGGCAGGAAGAUAGAGGUAAACAAUGCCACUGCCCGAGUCAUGACCAAUAAGAAGCUGGUUAGCCCUUAUGCUAACGGCGAGGGCCUCAACGCUCUACCUUACGUAGCUGGGUGGAAACUGAGUCCCAUGGUGGGGGCAAUGUAUGGCCCUGAGCUCUACGCAGGUGAGACUCUGGUUCCAGGGUUUCCCUACCCCACAGCAGCGGCUGCUGCUGCCGCGACGACAGCCGCAACCUUUCGAGGGGCUCACCUCAGGGGCCGGGGGCGACCCGUGUAUGGUGCGGUUCGCGCAGCUGUCCCGCAGCCUGCCAUUCCAGCAUACCCAGGAAUAGUGUUUCAGGACUCUGUGGUUAGUAGCAGAUUGACGCAGGGUGGUUACGCAGCCUAUCGCUAUGCCCAGCCAGCAGCAGUAGCCAGCCCAACAGCAGCGGCGGCCGCUGCUGCAGCCGCAGCCUACAGUGACAGCUAUGGCCGUGUAUACGCAGCAGAUCCCUACGCCACAGCACUGGCAGCACCAGCGGCUGCCGCGUAUGGAGUUGGAGCUAUGGCAACCCUCUAUAGGGGAGGAUACAGCAGGUUCUCCCCAUACUAAAUUCCCAUUCCUCUCAGCUCCACCGACUCCGAAACUUUUAGCAAGUCAGUCACUUUGGAGUGGAAAAAGUACUUUUUUUGUGGACAAACAGAAAAUGAAAUGCACCGCUUUACAAAUGAAUACUUGAGAGAGGAAAGUACAUCACUACAAGUGUUUUUUUGUUUUGGUUUGUUUUGGUUAUUUUUUAAAUAUGUAACUCAACAGAACUUUAAAUGCAAAGAUGAGAUGACUGACUGAGAAAUUGCACGGCUGAAAAAAAAAAAAAAAAGCUCGAUUAUUACUUCUUCCUUUGGCACGUUUCUCUGCACAUAUGCAUGCAGUAAUGGCUCUAGGGGGCCGCUAGUGGCCACCAAACUACAUGUGCACAGAGUGUCUGGACUACAAUGGACAAGUUUGUACAUCACAUCUUCAGCAUACCACACUACAUUUAAUAUCCUUAUUGGAGAAGCCCACACAGACAAGAUGGCUGCCCCAUGCCUACCAUAUUGACUGCAGCAGGAGGGGAACCAUGUAAACCAUCAAGAGACAGACCCCACUUGCUCUUUGCUGUGGAACUGUGGUGUUAUUCCAUACAACAUGAAACAAGGAAACCGUCUGAAUGGAAUAUUUCUCAAAAUCUCAUCCGAGAAAAGAAUGGACUAAGAAGACAAAUCAGCCAGUUGUUAUGGAUUGCAGGAAUUUUGCGCAUGCAAAUGGGACAAAGUGUCAUAAAGUAGAAUACAGAAUCCUGCUUAGAUUUUUCUGUUGAUGUAAAAUUACCUCCUACUUAAAGGUCUUUUUGAGAAGACAUACCUUUAAAAUUGAAUAGUCACCAUAUGCAAAUAAACUAGUAUAGAACAAAAAUGUUACCAAACAUUAUUAUUAUUAUUAUUAUUAUUAUUAUUAUUAUUAUUAUUAUAUUUCCUUGACAUACCAUUUCUGCGGCAUAUUUUUUUUUCCUAUUCAAGUGAAAACAGAAAAUGUGACUGUAAACCAAGAAACUUUCAAAUGAUCCCAUGUAGUACACAACAUGAUGGUACCGCUUGCAUGAGCGGCUAUAUAACAUGAUUAAGUUCGGGAUGUAUCAAUUGUGCUUUUUUUCUCCUGGAAUUUAAUAACCCCUAAUCGGAUUAUGGGCACUUGCCCUUUUUAUUAGAAUAGUUCUGUCAAAUAUGCAACUUCCAAACAACAUUUCAGAAUGGAUUGAGUGGCGAUGGAAUUUUUUUAUUAUUAUUUUAAAGUUAAAUUACAUAGUAUUUUUUCUUGCUACGCUAAGUGUCACUAUCUUCUAAAUAUUGAUAUUUUGUCCAUUGAAUUUUUGUUCCAAAGAUUUGUGAAGCACAUUUUCGGUUAUAUGUGUGAGCCUAUGGUAAUUUCUGUUGUUUGGCUUGUUUUAUUUUUGUAUCAAUAGAUUUUAUUGUUUGUUUGAAGUGACUUAUUGAUUUAGUUUAAAGCAGUUUAAAAUGGCAUUUGCAGUGUCUUCAGUGCCAUUUACUUCCAAUUUACAAGCUAAUUUAUUAACAAACUUCAAAACAAGCAGGCUAUUUUUGGUCAGAAUUUACCAAUGUGUAUGUAAAUUGUUUGGUGCAAGCGUCAUAUCUCAGUACUUUUAGUAAGAAGUGCUGGAUGUUGGAGACAGCAUUCAAACUCAGCUGUUCUGUAAUCUGUUACAAUAUCCAGAGUCAGCUCCAUUAAAACAUGCUUUCAGUGACAUUGUUUCCUAGCCAACUCUCAGACUUUAGGUAAAAAGAAUAGAACACAUUUCAGAAUCAUAAUUUUUUUCUAGUUUAUCAAUUUGCCAGCAUAUUUUUUUAGUUUUCUGUGGUGUAGGGGUUAAAUUAUAUUCCAUUGUUGAUGAAAGUCACGUGGAACAUUGUAUUAGAUUAAGGAAAUUCCUGCCCUCUCUCUGAAAGCUCAGUAAGAUGGAAAGGUGUUUCUUUCCCCUGUCCAUUAGGUACUUUGCAGUCUAUGCACUCUUGUUUCUCAGUGUUACCAGGAAACAAAGGCUUCAGUACCUGCGAUCUGACCCUCUCCCUGUGCCCAAUUUAGACUAUUUGAAGAGUUGCAUUAGGUAAAGAAGGCUGGAUUGUUCCAUUUCUGUAGUCCCCUUCUUUCUGGUGUGUUAACUUUUGUAGUGGCUAUGGUACUACUGUAAAUAGUAGUCUAAAGCCAAAGCUCUCGGACAGACGGGCGGGCUCCACCCAGUUCAGCUCGCAGAGAUGUUUAGACUCGGAAGGUAUUGGUGAGAGUUGCUGUGAAUCGAGUUAGCUGAAAAUUAUAGUCAGAUCAAUGUCUCCAGUUCUAGAACUUUGGAAAUUGCUGGGGGAGUCCAGGUGAGAAGUUGGAUCAGUAACCAUAAAGGGUGCGCGAGUCUAGGUUUGUUGGAUUGGCUUGUCGAGCACAAAUAUACAUAAUGUCCAGUUGUGCAGUCAGGGUGGAAAAGAAAUGCCUGCCACCUUUGGUAGUGUUCCAUUCCCAUCAUAUAUCUUCUUUCCAUCUUUGCACAUUAUUAUAUGAUACAUGUUGUGCAUAUUAUUAUUCUUUAGUUUACAAUGUGAGUGUGUUUUUGGUUUAAACUCUUUCUCUCUGCAUACUCGGAUGCCAUUUGUGAUGUAAUUUGUAUCUGAAUGUCCAUAUAAACAGUUUUUUAAAAUAUGUA